AUGCAGCAAAGUUUUUCAUUUUAAUUUUAAAUUUAGGUAAUUCUAUUCAAGAUAAAAUCAUUUUAGUAAAAAUCUAUUUAAUUUAUUUAGAGACAUAAAGACUUAUUUAUAUUGUCAAUAUNUGAUAUUUGGAGGAUAUAAUCAAACUGGAUUUCUUAGUGCUGAAUUUUAGAUUCUAGAAUUAGAUUCUAUGAUUGCUUAUAGAAAUAGAAGAUAAGCUAACAUUUCUAAUCAUAUUACAACUAAUCCUUUAUAAUUAUCUGCUAUUAAUUAAAAUAUCAAAACUAAAUAAUAAUAUUACACUGAUAGAAUGUCCAAAAUUAAAGAAUAAAUUGCCAGUCUUUCUUAUAAUAUUAAAUCUUUUAUACCUAAACCUAUCAUGAAAUAAAUUUCAACCAAAAAUCUAAAUAAAGAAUAAAUACUCUUUUCUUAAAGAUUAACUCAAGAAACAUCUGAUUUAAUCAAAGAUUUUGAUUAUGUUGAGGAAAUCAGAGAUGAAAUGAAGACCUCAACUAAAUUAGAUGCCUCUCCGCAUUCAAAUAAAAAAUUUACUGAUAGACGUUCUAUUUCUAUUAAGAAUUUAUAACCAUUUUCCCAUUGA